AUGAGGGAUCGUCGCAAGAAGAACAGCAAUUUGGAUGAUAACACUGGGACCUCCCAGGAUAGUCUGCCUUUGGUAAACUUUGGUGCAAAAGACAAUCAAAGGGAUUAUAAAAAUGGCCAGGGGGACACAGAAGAGUGCCCAAAGCUUUCAUGGAUUCACAUUCCAGGACAAAUCUGUCAGGUGGUUGUUGUCAUAGCAGCAGGUUUGCUGUUGGCAGUGGUUAUUGGGCUGUUUCAUGCAUGGUGUGUUAAUUCUAUACACGAGAACCUACUGUGGUUUUCACACCUAAAGGAAGUUGAGCGUGAAAUCUCCUUCCGGACAGAGUGUGGCCUUUAUUACUCCUACUACAAACAGAUGUUGAAGGCCCCUUCUAUACAGCAAGGUCUAUAUGAGCUUAUUCACGACAACACUACUGAAUCCAAGAGGACAAUCAACAUUCUACAGCGUAUGAAUAUCUACCAAGAAGUGUUCCUAAGCAUUUUGUACAAAAUACUACCCAUACAGGCCUACUUGGAGCCAAUUUAUUUCUACAUCUACACAGUGUUUGCAUUGCAGACAGUGUAUGUCAUCGCCCUCUUUAUCACUAGCUGGCUACUCAGUGACUCCUGGCUGGCUGGUGCCCUCACUGGAGUCUGGUAUACUCUCAACAGAGUGGACACCACACGUGUGGAGUUUACCAUCUCUUUAAGGGAGAACUGGUCAAUACCUUUCUUUGCUCUUCAGGUAGCAGCCAUAACUUGCUACCUGAGGCCACAUCUAAAACCCAUUCACCAGAGGGUGGUUCUGUGGCUGGUGUUCGUCUCAACCUUCUGCUUCUGUUUGACAUGGCAAUUUAAUCAGUUUGUCCUGCUGGUUCAAGCCCUUAUAAUCUUUACACUGGAUUGCCUGGACUUCUUCACAGCAGAGCAGGUGGUGUCUCUGUACCUCAUACAGGUGUUGAGUCUGUUAUUGGUGUGGUUACUGCAGUUCUGUAAUUCCAUGAUUCUGGGCUCUCUGGUGCUCAGCUUCAUUGUGUCUGCUCUCUUCAUUAAACACUUCCAGACAAGGCUAAAGACGGGCGGCUUUGUUACACGAGUAGGAAAACUGGCUCUUCACACACUCCUAGUCCUCACAUUAACUUUCAUCAUCAAUUAUUCAGCCAAGCAAAUUCUACAGGUGAAAUCGGACGAGCACAUCUUUAAGUUCAUAAAGGCCAAGUUUGGCUUCAGGGAAACAAGAGACUUUGAUGCCAGUCUCUAUCUGUGUGAGGAGGCCUUUGGCUUGUUGCCAUUGGUUACAUAUGAGCGGUUGGCUGGCACAGUGCUGCUCUAUCCAUAUCUGUGCACCCUCAGCGUGCUCUUCAUUUUACUGCUGCUGGUGGCACUCUCUAAUCUCAGUGCGAGUGGGUCAGGACAAACAAGCAGGGAGAGAGAGGAAUGGACCUUUAGGAUGCGGCCAGAUGUUGCUUACAAUUUAUUGCACACCAUCUUCUUUGGCCUACUCGCCUUUUCUACUAUGAGGAUGAAAUAUUUGUGGACAGGCCACAUGUGUGCAUUUGCUGCCUUUGGGGUAUGUGGCAAAGAAGUGUGGACAUUGUCGCUGAGAGUCAUCCACUGCAACACUAAAACCAUGAUGAGACUGAUCAGGUACUCUGUUCCCAUUAUAAUUCUGGCGUUUCUUUAUUACAAGUUCUGGCCCAGACUGAUGGAAGAGAUUUCUGAGCUGAGAGAGUUUUAUGACCCAGACACUGUGGAGCUAAUGGAGUGGAUUAGAUUGAAGACACCCAAGCGGGCAGUGUUUGCUGGCAGUAUGCAGCUGUUAGCAGGGAUUAAGCUGUGUACAGGGAGAGUUUUGACAAACCAUCCCCACUAUGAAGACCAAGCGCUGAGGGAGAGGACCAGACAAGUUUAUCAGAUAUAUGCACGUCAGUCUGCUGAGGAGGUUCAUAAAGUGCUCAGUUCAGUUGGAGCAGACUACAUUGUGCUAGAGGACAGCAUCUGCUACGAGCGCAGGCACAGCCGUGGUUGCAGGCUGAGGGACCUGCUCGACCUGGCAAACGGACAUAUCAUGGACGGCUCUGGUGAAAAUGACCCGGACCUUGUCCCAGCAUCUCACCCACGGUUUUGUGAGGCCAUUAAGACUAGCGUCCCUACGUAUUCUAUGCUCUUCACUCGAGUCUUCAAAAACAAGACCUUUCACGUGUACAAGUUAAAGAAACCCAAGAAGAAAAACAAGGCAGAUAGUGCUGGUCCAUAGUGCAGACACUUGCACUCGUUUAUCAAUAGCAGUCGCCCACCUGAAUGGAUGUCUGAACGCCACGUCUGGAAUGUUCAAUGAGUGUGAUAGUAGCAGGUGUGUGUGUGUGCGUGCAUGAGAGAGAUUGGAGAGAUGCCUGAUUGCGCCACCAUGCGCUAGAUAAUUUGGUGCGUAUUUGUGAGUGUAAAUCUUGCUCUGAACCAGUCUGCCGCAACAGGAGCUCAAUUUUAACAUGGAGGGGAAGAAAAUCUAUUUUCUCACACUCCAUCACACCCUCUCUCUGAUCAUUGUAUCUCUCUAAACACAUGCCCAUCAACCAAACACACAUUUAUGUGCAUUCACACACAUACAAUACUUCGGGAAGCUACGCAGCUGCUUUCACAACCUCAUUCCUCUUUCACACUUCUAGCCACAAAAAAAAAGAAAGAAAGGGAAAAUUCAUUUUAAUUGGAAUUCACAAGAGCAGUUUGGGUUAAUUAGUGUCCGUGGCAGUGUUGAUUUUACGUUUGCCAAACUGGUGGUCUCAGUCAACAAUGUUUGACUUUCAAACUCCGCGUCACCUCCUGAUGUCUGACUGCUUUUAAUGAGAACAGUUUCUUAAGUCCAUACGGAAAAAGAUGCUGCUGAAUUUGGUCCCACUAACAGUGACAAAUCUGAACAAUCAACCAUAAUCAUGGGUGCCAUAAUUUCACAUUUUAAGAAUAAACUGUCAUACCACUGUGAAUAUCAUUGUUUGUUGAGUCUACUAAUUAACAAUGGAGUAUAAAUUAGUGCCUGUCAAAUUGUUUUUAGUUGCAGAGGAAUUACAUUGAAACUUAUUUUGUUGUUUGUUUCUUUGAUAUAGUGGGAAUAUGUUUUGUGUUUUAGGUGAAAUUAAACUAAUUUAUGGCUGUUUGUAGAAUGAAAAACAGUUGCAAAUGGUCUAACAUGACAUAAAUUUUACAAUGCAUUUCUUUAUCCUUCAUUGAGAAAUUGUUUCAAAUUUCAUUGGAGAGUUUCACUUUUUAGAUCAGGGUAAACGUCUCGGGUUACUUAACUGUAACCCCUGUUCCCUGAUAAAUGUAGAACAAGAUGCUGCGCUGACUUA